AUGGGCGGUGGGUGUGCCGUUGACACGCAAGAUAUCGCCAAUGUGAGUCGCUGUAGGGUGGGGGCAGGUGGGAAGGUUGAUAUCGCCAAGGUGGAGGUCGGUGCGGAGUUGCUGCGAGUGGCUGCAGAGCAGGAUGGUUGCGACAGUGAGUGGAGGAAUGUGAUGGGCAGGACAGCCACUGCCGCUUUCCUCUUUUCAUUUCUCUCCCCUUACCCCCCACCUUUGCACCGCACCUUCGUCUCCUACACGCACGUCUUCCCCACACAUUUGCGCCCACGGAUAAGUCACCAACGCAGGCGCACUGCUCCCCAAAUCGCUAUCCGAUCCCUCCCCAUACCUCUCUCCCAACCCCCCUCUUCCUCACCCCUCCGCACCUGCUUCUCCUCCAACCCACUGGUCCGCCUGGCACUACGGUGGCGUCGCAUUGUUGUCACCCCCUUCCUCUCCCCUUCCCUUCCCACCUCCCCCAACUCGUCCCACGUCUUCCCACUAGCUUUCCCGCCUGAACCUCCUAUGCCAACGUCUGCCUGCCCCACGGAUUUCUGUCCGUACAGUGGCGCCUCACUGCUCACCCACGUGCUGUCCCGUCCUCUCCCCUUCCCACUGCCCCCGACCCUCCUCCACCUUCUCACCAGCUCUGCACUGCACCUGCUUUUCCUGCGACGAUUUCUGACCCUCAAGUGCCCAGCCCUGCAACACAGCUCCGCGCCUGCUUCUCCCACACUGAAAACUGUUCCGCCGACUCCCACGCCUAUGGCACAGGCGCACUGUUCACUCGGGCAGAGGCUGCUGACGAGGCGGAGCCAAGACGGGGCUGCUGUAUGCCCUGUGGCAGUUUUAUUCCUUAGGGACGAGCAGAGGGCGAAGGAGGUGCGUGGUGAGAGGGCGUGGGCUGACUAUGGGUUUUUUGUAGGAAGUCGGCCCACCACGCCCUCCCCUUGGCUUCGUCCCUCUACCCUCCUUAUCCCAUCCGUUUAUUUUUACUCCCCUCCCCAUACCCUUUUCUUCUUCCCUUUUCCCCGCCUGAUCCCUCACCUAUUCCUUUACCCUUACCCACUUCCCUCUCCGUACUCCCUUCCAGCCCCAUACCCCCUCCACCUCCCACCCACUCAAACUUCCCUGAUCCUCUUCACCUUCCCUUCCUUCCCCAUACCCUUUCCCUCCCCAACCCCCCACCCACCCACCGCGCCCCCCCUCCUCCCUCCCCCCCCUUCCCCUCCUCUCCCAGCUCAGCACCUGCAUAUUCCACGCCAACGGCUGCCCCACGGAUCCCUGCCCCUACUAUGGCACCACACUCCUCACCCCUUCGCUCUCCUUUUUUCGCCUCCUCCAACCCUUCAACCGUCCUCCCUCCAGCUCCUCGCCGCACCUGUUCACCCCCACAGCAGCACAGCAGAGGCUGCUGACGUGGCAAAGGCUGCAGGCGAAGAUGGACGGGGCUGCUGGGUGUCACGAGGCCGUAUUUUUCCUGAAAACAAACAGAGGGAGGAGGUGCGUGAUGAAAAGUAUGCGUGCAAGUUAUGGGUCACCUGGUCAGCAGCAGGCAAAGCCGGGCGGGUUGCUGGGUGA